UUCUGCUUACAUUUCACGCGCACGUCGCCCACCUCUUACCUCUCUCUGUGCUUCUUCAUCGAUUAGGUUUUCCUCCAUUUUUCUCUCUCCUCACAUUUCUCCAAGUUUCCGUAGCUAUGUCGGACGAAGAACACCACUUCGAAUCCAAGGCUGAUGCCGGAGCUUCUAAGACUUUCCCCCAGCAAGCUGGUACUAUCCGCAAGAACGGUUACAUUAACAUCAAGAAUCGUCCUUGCAAGGUUGUUGAAGUUUCUACUUCUAAGACUGGCAAGCACGGACAUGCUAAAUGUAACUUUGUCGGUAUCGACAUCUUCACUGGGAAGAAGCUUGAGGAUAUUGUUCCAUCUUCUCACAAUUGUGAUGUUCCCCAUGUCACCCGUACUGAUUACCAGCUCCUUGACAUUACUGAGGAUGGUUUUGUUAGCCUGCUGACUGAUAAUGGAGAUACUAAGGAUGACUUGAAGCUGCCAACUGAUGAAGUUCUGAAUAAACAGAUCAAGGAUGGAUUUGCUGAGGGGAAAGACCUGAUUGUGAGCGUGAUGAGUGCCAUGGGAGAAGAACAAAUUAAUGCCCUCAAGGACAUCGGACCUAAGUAACUGCCUUGUGAUCGGUUCAAGUAUCCCGAGGCAUUAGGGCAUGAAAUAUAUGUGAUGUUAGCUUUGCUGUGAUUUCAUGUGUAUUGAUUUAAUGCUGGAAUAUGACUUUUGUAAUGGGGCCUCAUGUUAGCUCUUUAUGGUUUGACUCUUUAUGUUUGAUUAUUUAUCAUCAACUUGAAUGUUCUGUUUUCAUUUUUAAAGCGUAUUGGAAUUUGAUUCUUGA